AGCUAUAAAGAGCGAAUUAAAAAAUUGCACCAAGCUGAAGACCCCAAUAAACAUAUUCUAGAAAACGCAAAAAGUUUAAUCCCAACCAAAGAUAAGUAUCAUCAAAUUAUAGAUGAUUACAAAGAAUGGUAUAAAAGAGAUCCCAAAAUUCUUAGCGCCAUUUUAGAACUAUACAAGUUAUACUAUAAAUUGGCCAAGGAUUAUUUUAUUACAGAAGAACAAGUUAACAAAGAAGCAGAAGACUUCUUAUUAUAA